CAUGGACACACACAGACAUGGACACACACAGACAUGAACACACACAGGCAUGGACACGCACAGACAUGGACACACACAGACAUGGACACACACAUACACAGCACAUACAGAUGAUCAGGUAGCAGCUCUGGACCUGCAAAAUUGCAGCAUCCAUCUUGUCCAUCUGUCGUUGAAGGGUGAAUCUUGAGCUGGAUACACACACAAUUUCUCAUACAGGUCUAGUGUCAAAUUGGUAGCUACUCUCACCCUGCUGUCCUGGCUGCUGGGUCAGAGCUGCUGGGUCACAUCUUCUCAGUGCUGUUGGGAUAGAGCCACAAUUCUGGGUGGUAGGAAAACUAUACCUGAGCUGUGCUUGAUUAGUUUGCCUGGUAUAAUGGAACCAAUGGAAUAGUCCCAAAGGUGCUAAUAGAAUUAUAUCAAGCACUCCUCAAAAAAUGAUUUUACACAUAGUAGGAUGGGACCACAUGACACAACACAAAUUCCUCCAAACUGUAUAAUGAAGAAACAUGGUUGUUGCUCUCUCUACUGUUGAGAUAAGGAUGUAUGUGUUUGUUUGCACUUUUCUCUCUGAUGGAUCCAACUGUUAUUCUGUUUUGAUUGUGAGAAAUGGUGCAGCUGGAACACGUGGUUUAGUCAUAUGUCUGGUUCAGCCAGUAGCAACGUGGACUGGAACACGUUGUUUAGUCAUAUGUCUGGUUCAGCCAGUAGCAACGUGGACUGGAACACGUGGUUUAGUCAUAUGUCUGGUUCAGCCAGUAGCAACGUGGACUGGAACACGUGGUUUAGUCAUAUGUCUGGUUCAGCCAGUAGCAACGUGGACUGGAACACGUGGUUUAGUCAUAUGUCUGGUUCAGCCAGUAGCAACGUGGACUGGAACACGUUGUUUAGUCAUAUGUCUGGUUCAGCCAGUAGCAACGUGGACUGGAACACGUUGUUUAGUCAUAUGUCUGGUUCAGCCAGUAGCAACGUGGACUGGAACACGUUGUUUAGUCAUAUGUCUGGUUCAGCCAGUAGCAACGUGGACUGGAACACGUUGUUUAGUCAUAUGUCUGGUUCAGCCAGUAGCAACGUGGACUGGAACACGUUGUUUAAUCAUAUGUCUGGUUCAGCCAGUAACAACGUGGACUGUAACACGUUGUUUAGUCAUAUGUCUGGUUCAGCCAGUAGCAACGUGGACUGGAACACGUUGUUUAAUCAUAUGUCUGGUUCAGCCAGUAGCAACGUGGACUGUAACACGUGGUUUAGUCAUAUGUCUGGUUCAGCCAGUAGCAACGUGGACUGGAACACGUGGUUUAGUCAUAUGUCUGGUUCAGCCAGUAGCAACGUGGACUGGAACACAUUGUUUAGUCAUAUGUCUGGUUCAGCCAGUAGCAACGUGGACUGGAACACGUUGUUUAGUCAUAUGUCUGGUUCAGCCAGUAGCAACGUGGACUGGAACACGUUGUUUAGUCAUAUGUCUGGUUCAGCCAGUAGCAACGUGGACUGGAACACAUUGUUUAGUCAUAUGUCUGGUUCAGCCAGUAGCAACGUGGACUGGAACACAUUGUUUAGUCAUAUGUCUGGUUCAGCCAGUAGCAACGUGGACUGGAACACGUUGUUUAGUCAUAUGUCUGGUUCAGCCAGUAACAACGUGGACUGGAACACGUUGUUUAGUCAUAUGUCUGGUUCAGCCAGUAGCAACGUGGACUGGAACACGUUGUUUAGUCAUAUGUCUGGUUCAGCCAGUAGCAACGUGGACUGUAACACGUUGUUUAGUCAUAUGUCUGGUUCAGCCAGUAGCAACGUGGACUGUAACACGUUGUUUAGUCAUAUGUCUGGUUCAGCCAGUAGCAACGUGGACUGUAACACGUUGUUUAGUCAUAUGUCUGGUUCAGCCAGUAACAACGUGGACUGUAACACGUUGUUUAGUCAUAUGUCUGGUUCAGCCAGUAACAACGUGGACUGUAACACGUUGUUUAGUCAUAUGUCUGGUUCAGCCAGUAGCAACGUGGACUGGACCAGCGUACUGAUUUAGCAUACAGUUGUUACACAUUUGUUAACUACCAGAUUACCUUGUAGCUCGUACAAUGCUUUGUAUUGAUAGCAGCUGAUGUAGCGACUAGUACAUGUAGCAUAAGCAACACCACUUGUCAAGUUGGUUCCCAGCUUGUGAACAAUGCUUUAUAAAGCAGCUACGUAGUGUAAUUACAGUUUCAUGAAUGCUUAUAAAGUGAGUCAAUUAAAAAAGCCAAAUUCUUUGACAAUGGUGCUGCGAAAAUAACCUGGUGCUAGAGGCGUCCUCAAGCGUCAAACCCCGUCAGGUCAGGUGUUGGCUGACCAGUGCCUUUUCUACUUGAAUCCUGCCCUCCAUUAAGGUAUUUGUCUCUAAAUUCUGCCAUUUUAGUAUUUGACAUUUUAGAAUUUGUCUCUAAAUUCUGCCAUUUUAGAAUUUGUCUCUAAAUCUCAGUAGAAUUCAGUUUUGACCUCAUGUACAGUAAUGGGAGAAUUGUUGUUCAGUGUACAGGGGAAUAGAAUCAUUAGAAUCAUGUUACUUUUAGCCAUUCUCAGAGAAUUACGGAGGGCAUAGAGGUUUUAGAACAACAGCACAAGGGAGGAAUAUAUGAAUUGCUCAUUUAAGUUAUCAGUGCAUUGCUUUUAUGAAUUAGAAUGAAUCAUUUUGUAUGCCUCCAAGAAUGAGUAUUUCUUCUGUCAUUUUGAUGUAGUGAGUGGCUGUAAUAUUUUGUUUAGGCAAUAUGCAAACACUUGACCCGCCUCCCCUAAUUUAUGCACUCUGUGUAAUUAUUACUAAUGAUGAUACAUUGUUCUAAGAUUUAAUUUCCUGUCAAAUGUUUUGCUUUUAAAUGAGUUCUUUCAGAAUUCCUUUGUUUUUGAGGAUACUCUGUUAAAAAACAACAAUAUGUUUUCUCAUCGCGGCUCUGAUAAAUCAUCAAUACUUACAGUAGUUUAAACUCUGAGACCUUUAUUCUUAUUCACCUUUGUUUUAACCACUUUUUUUGAGGAUUUCGUUUAUUUUGUAAAUCUGUGACCACUGAGAGAUACUGUAUAUGUGUCACUUUUGAUUUUGAAAUGUCAUUUUUAGUUUGACCAUACACAUUAGAGUUGAUAAUGAUGAUAAAUCUUCAGCAGUCCUUUACGUUUCUAAAGACUCAGAAGUAGUUUAUAUCACUCCUGAUUCAGGGAUCCUUUUAGUCAUGCAACCUGAGGAAAUUAGGAUUUACCACAAGGUUCUGACAGAUGAAUGAUUAGUCUUGUAAAUGUUUUGCUUUAUAAGUGAUGUAUCCUCUAUGUACAGUCAUAUUUUUCCAGCAGCUUCCCAUUCCUGUAGUGGUGGGACAGAGGUUAUUCUAUGCUCUGGGCUAUAUUGGCACCAUCUGUAAGCGCUGUGGUGAGGUUGACCUCUGAACUUCCACCUGAGGUUGAUGGUGAGAACCAGGGCGGAGUAGCUGCCUGAGGCUUUCCUGCAGUGGGUAUGUGGCAUACUACUGUUUGUGAAACAAAGUUUGUAUAUUCAUCUCUAAAGGGCACAGGGAAAGAUCUCUUUUGUUGUUUCAUCUUGCCUCUUAACAAUGCUCGGCAUGUUCAACAGCACUCAAACCCAUCCACUUCCAAAAGCAAUUUAGUCAUGCUUCUUUGUGUUCAUCAAUAGUUUAUUUUGUAACAUAAAUGUUUGUACUUUACAUUUUGUAUUUAUACCACUUCAAAUAAAACAUUUGAAAAUAAAAA